GCUGAUUAGUAAUUCAAGAUGGCGAUCGAAGAUGCUAAAUAUGUUUUCGUCCGGUGAAAAGGCGAGAUUGGGAAAUAAUUUUAAAGCAUAAGUGAACUAUAUGUAAUGUGUGAUCACUGAUGUCUAAGUUACGAAUGCCAUCUUUAGAUCGAUAGCCUUUCCGGCAACAUCACAAAUCGCGGCGAUGAGUUCCCGUGGGAGAAAAAUAAUAUUCAAAAGCUUUUCAAUAAUUUCGACACGUAUUUCUUCAAUUAUUCAUGUUUGCUUAUUUAACCAUGUUCCCCUACAUUGUCAUGAAUUAACCAAGUAUUGCUGUUUUGAAUAUUCUUCUAGCAAAGGAAGAUAAAAACAAGCGUUUCUUCAAGGAAAGGCAGAAUGAUGAGACUUACAUGGAAUACUUAAAAUUGUAAUUAGCAAGAGGAUUUUCGUUCCUUGUAGUGAGGGUACUCCACAUCAAGAGGUCGCAACGGUGGGAUUAAGGAGACUUGGUUCUUCUGAAGGCGGAGUCGAUCAAGAUUUAACUCGAUUGCCGCGCCGAUCAGUCAACAAACGGUGCGGUCUAACGUUGCUAAACAACUUGAAGUAAUAAACUGAUCAAUUAAAAUCGUUAUACUUGAACAAAGAUCUCAGUUCCUAUUGAUCAAUGUGCAUGAACAUGACUGGAGAUUGUGGAUACAAGUGCUUGAAAUUUAUGGUAGUUUUCUUCAAUUUAUUGUUUUGGCUUGCUGGCUGUACUUUGUUUGGUUUAGGAAUAUGGUUGCUCAGUAAUAAAGGAGAAGUAGCAGGAGAUUAUACUAAACUGGCGGGCUCCAUCAACUACAAAGCAGCACCGAUUUUAUGUGUUGUUAUCGGCGCAGUUACAAUUGUGGUGGCAUUUAUGGCGUGUUGUGGAGCAAUAAAAGAAAACCAAUGUAUGCUUGGUUCCUACUUUGCAUUUAUUGUGGUUAUAUUCUUUCUGGAAAUUACUGCAAUUGUUCUGACUUAUGUUAACAGGGAAGAAAUUGAGAACAAUUUACGAGGUGAUAUACAAGAAACUUUGAAUGAGUAUCAAGAUACUGACCAUGAAGCUGUCACAAGAGCAAUUGAUGAAAUACAAGGAAGUUUUAAAUGUUGUGGAAAUUAUCAAUACGUUGAUUGGUUCAACACCAGUUGGGGGAGAAGGAAUGAAGGAUCCAUCCCUAAAAGCUGCUGCAAAGACCCUUCCGAUGUCACAUGUAAUAAAAAUGCCACUCAGGAUCCAACUAAAGUCUACACCCAAGGUUGUUAUGACUUUGUUAGGAAAUAUCUCUUGAACAAUCUUCAUGUGAUCAGUGGAUUUGGCAUAUGGAUUGCAGUUAUUCAAAUAAUGGGAAUGAUAUUCUCUUUAUGUUUAUGUUGUCAGAUCAGGUAUAAUGAUGACACUUAUGUGUGACUGUAUUUUGAAGUGUAGUUUAUAGCUGUGCUGUAUGAUUAAUUAUUAGCUUGAUGUAUGAUUAAUUAUUGGUAUUUUUGAUUUGUGAGGGAAGUGAAAUGUUGAUGUUGUCC